AUGUUAACCAAUCAAAUACUCCGAUACAGACUACUUCCGGUGUUAUACUUCCGGUAUUGCACACGUGUGUAUCGUAAACAAACUACCUGAAUUUUGUUAUUUUAAAAAACUGUCAUGCCGAAGAAUAAAGGGGGAGGAGGAGGUGGUGGAAAAGGUGGAAAGGGGGGCUCAAAGGGAGCUGAAGGUGGUGGAGGUGAAAAGGAGAAGAAAGGCGGAACCGCUGUUAAAGUGAGGCAUAUUCUAUGUGAAAAACAGUCAAAGAUUUUAGAGGCAAUGGAGAAAUUAAAAAGUGGGACAAAGUUCAAUGAGGUGGCAACUAAUUACAGUGAAGAUAAAGCAAGGCAAGGGGGUGAUCUUGGCUGGAUGACCCGUGGUAGUAUGGUGGGCCCGUUUCAGGAGGCGGCCUUUGCCCUGCCGAUCAGUUCCCUAGGCAAUCCUAAUUACACUGACCCACCAGUGAAGACAAAGUUUGGCUAUCACAUCAUCAUGGUUGAGGGAAAGAAAUGACAAUUUUAUAUUUUUAUGUUCAAUACUGCAUGUAUUUUUAGCUGAUGUAAAUUGGGUUUAUUUCCAGAUGAAUUGAAGAGCUAUACUUUUUUGACAUUUGUGUUUUUGAAUGGCAGAUGUAUGCAACCUUAUAUAUAUAUAUUUACCUGUUAUCUUCAUGGAUAUUCAAUUCAACAAGUUAAGUUUUCUGUCUUCGUUGAAUAGAUGUUGGUUUGUUACUGGAAGUGUUAGAAUAUUUGUAUAAGGAUCUACAUGCUUCUGAUUCUGGUUAGUAUUUAUAGAAAAAAAAUAGCCCCUACAUGUAGUAGGAGCAGGGAUUAAUAUUUUUUUCCCAUAAAUGAUAUCCAGAAGGAGACGCCUGUGAAGAAACUAAGGAUAUAUUUCCAUUUCUAUAAAACAAAUUGCACCAACAUAAGAUGCUUGGUAACCUUCUAUAUGGUUUAAAGAUUGUCAUAAAGAUAGAUCUUCUCUACUCUCUUUGAGAAUGUCAUACAAAAAUGUAAUGCUUUGUAUGUACUGCCUGGUUAGCUUAUAAAUCUGAAUAGUCUGGAUUUGUUUACACACAUGUACAUUUACACAUGUGAUCUCCAUUUGUUGUUCCUUAUUGUUCUUCCUCAACUAAGAAUUUAAAAUCCUGUUGUAAAAGAUUAAAUACAUGUACAGAAACAAGUGUAUUAGGAAAGGUUGUAAUGUCCAAUGUAACGAAAUAAUUUCUAAAAUGGUCCCUCCAUGUUGAGGUUAUGUAUACCUGUGAUAUCGGAUGUGGUUAUACAAGACAGUAUACUCAAUAACUCAAUUACCUUUCUCUUAUUAAACUGGAUGAAUAUGAUGAAUGUGUUUUCUUUGAGAUCAAGUCCGUAGUAUUAAUACCUUACUACUGUAUAUUGUGUCAGUAAGAUAGAAAAUUUCUUGUAUGGGAUGGAAAAUGACACAAGUAAAUAAAAGACAAAUUCCAUAAUGUC